CCUCCCGGCCGCCAUGUUGGCUGGUGUGUGGGUGUCAAACGGAGCUAGACGCGGUGGUGGUGGCGCCGGCGGCGGCUGUGGCGGCUCCCCGGCUCCGGUCGCUCCCGCCUCCCCAACGCUACUGGCGGCCGUAGCCGCGCACCCGGGCCGGCCCGAAGAAGCGAAGAAAUCCCUGGCGAAUUCUAUGACCAGUUUGUAAAGGUGCAGGACCUAGCAGUUAACCUGGAAUGCAUGUCGGAGAGUGUGCGGCAGGCUCGGUGCUGGUCCCCGGGCGGGGCGCGGCCCUCAGAUCUCCGCCGUGUGGACUGGACAGAAGUUGCCCAGGCCUGGCCCGGCCCACAGCAAACGCUGACCAAGUGCCCGCCGUGCGCCAGCCUCUGCUCUGGGCACGGAGAGGGUAGCGGUGACGACCGGCGGGGCCCUGCUCUGAGAGGACGUGGGGGCACAGGAGACAGACAGACACGCAGGAGCACGAGCUAGAAAACAUCCGCUGGAGAGAAGGGCUCUGCCGGAAAGUGAAACUGGUGAUGCGGCAGAGUGACUGGUGGUUCCCAGCAGGCGACGUGUCCACUGAGAUCUGAGCAACCAGAGCGAGCCAGUCCAGGACCGGCACAGGGAAGGGCGGCCGGUGGAGGAAGCAGGUCAUGGCCUCCAGUUCCUCGGACCUGAGUCUCCAGCGGAGGAAAUGACUGUCAGGGGUCUUGCUCCAGAUCUGUCACGGAGACUGAACCUUUGCAGGGUGCAAACUUGCCCAGGACAGGAAAGUUUCUCUCUUUGAAGGGCUUCACGUGUAUAACAAAGAAAAGAAAGAUGACGACUUCGUCUAUCAGACGGCAGAUGAAAAACAUUGUGAACAAUUACUCAGAAGCCGAAAUAAAAGUACGGGAAGCCACCUCCAAUGACCCCUGGGGCCCGUCCAGCUCUCUGAUGACCGAGAUUGCGGACCUGACCUACAAUGUGGUGGCCUUCUCGGAGAUCAUGAGCAUGGUGUGGAAGCGGCUCAACGACCACGGCAAGAACUGGCGGCACGUGUACAAGGCUCUGGCGCUCCUGGACUACCUCAUCAAGACGGGCUCCGAGCGGGUGGCCCAGCAGUGCCGAGAGAACAUCUUUGCUAUCCAGACCCUGAAGGACUUCCAGUACAUUGACCGAGACGGCAAGGACCAGGGCAUCAACGUGCGGGAGAAGUCUAAGCAGCUGGUGGCCCUCCUCAAGGACGAGGAGAGGCUGAAGGCUGAGAGGGUCCAGGCCCUCAAAACCAAAGAGCGCAUGGCCCAGGUUGCCACCGGCAUGGGCAGCAACCAGAUCACCUUUGGUCGCGGCUCCAGCCAGCCCAACCUCUCCACCACCUACUCGGAGCAGGAGUAUGGCAAGGCCGGGGGUUCGCCGGCCUCCUAUCAUGGCUCCACGUCCCCCCGGGUGUCCUCUGAGCUGGAGCAGGCCCGGCCCCAGACCAGCGGAGAAGAGGAGCUGCAGCUGCAGCUGGCGCUGGCCAUGAGCCGAGAAGUCGCUGAGCAGGAAGAGCGCCUCAGGCGGGGCGAUGACCUCAGGCUGCAGAUGGCCCUCGAAGAAAGCCGGAGGGACACGGUUAAAGCUCCGAAAAAGAAAGAGCCCGGCUCCUACCCGCAGCAGACCACUCUGUUGGAUUUAAUGGACGCCCUCCCCAGCUCAGGCCCUGCUGCCCAGAGAGCAGAACCAUGGGGCCCAUCGGCUUCAGCCAACCAGAGCAACCCCUGGGGCGGGCCGGCAGCCCCCGCCAGCUCUUCCAACCCCUGGCCAUCUUUCGGUGCCAAGCCAGCUUCCUCCACAGACCCGUGGGGAGCUCCCGCCGCAGCCGGCCCGCACUGUGCCUCCAAGAGCUCAGGUCCCUGGGCGGCCCCACAGCAGCCUGGCCCCGACGCCGAGAGAGCCGCCGAUGCCUGGGCGCCUGCCUCUGCCGCCGAGCCCGCCUCCGCCCCUGGGGCCUUCGAUCUCUUCAGUAAUUUGAAUGGAACAAUUAAAGAUGACUUUUCUGAAUUUGAUAAACUCCGAACUUCAAAAAAAACAGCUGAGGUGGUGGCCUCUCUGCCAUCCCCAAAGGACGGAGCCACCAGCCCUGACCCCUUUGAGUCUCAGCCACUGACCACCACCUCGAGCAAGCCCAGCAGCGCCCGGAAGACGCCGGAGUCCUUCCUGGGUCCCAACGCAGCCCUGGUGAACCUGGACUCGCUGGUGGCCAGGCCAGCCCCGCCGGCCCCGUCUCUCAACCCUUUCCUGGCGCCAGGUGCAGCUGCGGCAUCAGGCCCCGUCAACCCCUUCCAGGUGAACCAGCCCCAGCCGCUGACGCUGAACCAGCUGCGGGGGAGCCCAGUACUGGGGACCGGCACGUCUUUCGCGCCUGGCCCAGGUGUGGAGCCCCUGGCCAUGGUGUCCCUGACCUCCACAGCCUCACACCCAGCUCUAGGGCCCAGCAGUGCCUCCGUGACGCCGCUGGGCCCCGCCGCCAUGAGCACGCUGGGUAGCGUGGGCAUCCCGCCGUCAGCAGCUCAGGCUCCUGGUACCACCAACCCUUUCCUUCUCUAGGGCCCAGGCUUGGGGCCCGCCGCGGAGCGGGUGCCCGAGCGCCUGGGCCCGAGGCCACUGGGCAGGGACUGGCCUUGGUGGAGUGGCGUCCCAGAGGUGGGGGUGGGGCUGGGGCUUUCCAGGUGCAGCUUCCUGAUGGAAAGGUGGUCUUCACGCCCGGCCAUCAGGCUGGAGCGGGGAGGGCUCGCUGAGAGGGCAGGCCCGGCCCGUGCCCCGCACCUGGUGGCCUGCUUGCCCCUCCCCAGCCUGCAGCCCGCGUCGCAGGAAAGCGCCCCGACCCAGCCCGGCCACCCUCAGCACCUCCUCCAGCUGCAGGGUCCUGGCUCCCGUGGGGCUCUCCCGCCGGCUCCCCGGCCUGGGGACAAGGAGGCAAGGGUCCCCAGUGUCGCCCUUGCCUUUAGCCUCAGCCAGAAGGUAUCGGGGACACUGCUGGCCCAGGACUUGGGAUGGCCACCUCAUCUUUGCCCUUGACCCCCGCCCUGCCGGCACCCCAGGCAGUCCCAGGCGUGGUGGGAACCAAGUGCCGGCUCCGUUAGUUGCCGACCAUUGGGGGAAGUGGUUGUGCUUAUUUUCCUCUGACUCGUGUGUGAGUUCGAAGUGAACGCCACCACCGUGGAACGACUCUUGAAUUAAACCCACUAGAGCAAGCUUUAAACUAAUCUGAGCAUAACCCUGCCACGUGGCUCUAUGCUUGUAUACGUUUGCACAUAUUUUGUUUAGUACAGUUUCAUAUUUGAGUUUGCAGAAUUAUCUAAUAGUCUUUUUUUGGCUAAUAUUUUUAUAACGUGGUUCUUAUUUAACUGUCUAGUUUUGAUAGAAUUUACCAGGUCUGGCUGAAUGAAGAUAUUGGCACAUGUCAUGUUAGUAGUUUAAAUUCUCUUAUUUAUGGUUUUAACUCUGUAAGAAAAUUUAAAUAGGAAGAGACAAAAAUGCCUUAUGGAAAAACUAAAGUAAAUUCUUUAUAGGAAAAAAUAUGAGAAUUUGAUUACACUUAAAAGAUAAUGUUUAUUUAAAAAAACUACAACAACAACAAAAAACUCUAGCCUCCAGUUGCCUUUUCCUUUAAUUCCCUUUUUUGGUGAAUUACCGAACUAAUUGACUUUCAACCUUUCUGGCUAGAUGCUAAGAAAGAGGCUAUUUUUCUUACUGAUACACCAGCAUCAAGAAAGUUAAAGAAAAAAAAUCUAACGUGUGAAUGUGACUCACCAGUUCCAUCAGCUCGGCCCUCCGCUGCGCUGGGCCUGGAGUGGGAGAGGCGUCCGGGGCCCGCGCC